CGGUCAUGUGAUCAGCUGUGUCCAAUCGCAGCUGAUCGCAUGGGACAUGUACACUGAUCAUCAGGGCACUGAUGAUCAGUGUGCCCUGAUGAUCAGUGUAGCCCCAGCAGUGCCACCUGUCAGUGUCCAUUAGUGCCAGCUGUCAGUGCUCAUCAAUGCCACAUCAAUGCCAAAUAUCAGUGCCUACCAGUGCACAUCAAUGCCACAUAUCAGUGCCCAUCUGAGCUGCCUUUCAGUGCCACUUAUCAAUGCCAGUCAGUGCCGCCUAUCAGUGUGCAUCAGUGCCGCCUAUCAGUGCCAGUCAGUGCCGCCUAUCAGUGCCGCCUAUCAG